CGAGACCCGGAAGGGAAACUGGCGCGGGUGGAAGGUUGGGGGUCAAGCGAUCCCUGCGCGAGGCUGGGAGCGGGCAGUGAGCGCGGAGGAGCUGCCGGCGAGGGUCCCGGCCAGCCAGUCACCGCGCAGCGGGCAACGGCCUGUGCUAGGGGAGAUGUGCCACUGUGCAUAUACCCAAGAAAGCUGAGAUAAGCACAUGUCCAGUACUUUAAAAAUAGAGAACGGAUUUUGUGAAAGAACAAGCUAAAGUCAGAUGUACAGCAGUAGUGUGGACUUUGUGCAAGAGACAUCCCUGAAAAUGGAAAACAACGCAACCACAGAAAUUCUGGAAUCUACUAGACCAUCCAUCCUUAAAGAAGAGGCAAUUGCAGAAAGAAAAUGGGUGAAGCUUGAACAAACGACCUACGUUGAUCCCUCAGGUAAAACCAGAAUUUGGGAAACCGUAAAGCGUACUACCAAGAAAGAGGACAGUUCAGCGGAUGGUGUAUCAGUUAUACCUGUGCUACAAAGAACUCUCCACUAUGAUUGCAUUGUCCUAGUGAAACAAUUCAGGCCUCCAAUGGGAGGGUAUUGCUUGGAAUUCCCUGCAGGCCUCAUUGAGGGAAAUGAAAGCCCAGAAAGCGCUGCCUUGCGAGAGUUGGAGGAAGAAACGGGGUACAAAGGGGAUGUCGUUGAAUGUUCUCCAGCUGUUUGCUUGGACCCUGGUUUGACAAACUGCACAACGCACAUUGUGACUGUCACCAUUAAUGGAGAUGAUGCUUGUAAUACAAGACCCAUGCAAAAACCUGAGGAAGGAGAAUUUGUGGAAGUUGUUUCACUACCAAAGAAUGAUCUACUGCAGAGAAUUGAAGAGCUAGUGGCAGAAGACCAUGUUUUAGUGGAUGCCAGAGUUUACGCCUAUGCAUUGGCACUGAAACAUGCAACACAAAAACCCCUCCAAGUGCCUUUUAUGAAGUUCUAAGGCUGCAUACGAAACCUUGUUGAAUACUUCCAGGAUGGAGUCAAAUGGUCAAUAUAGACUUGGAAACUGUAUGUUUUCCUACAAUAAAAGGUCCUGUAGAUUACACACAGUAUUAAGCAAUCAUAGUUCCAGGAAAGAUUGCUUGAACCUAUUUGUACUAUAUAAAGCUUUUCUCUAACUGUUCAACCUCUAACUCUGAAUGGAAAUUAUCCUUUGCAGAAGAAUAAAAAGAAUCAUGACCUGGGUAAGA